GUGGUUUGCAAGCAUAUGCUUUGUUUCUGAGAGGGUACUGCAAUGUGAUGGUGAACUUUAUGGAUGAGAUUAAUGUUUCACGGAACAGAAUAGUUGUAGGGUCAAGUUUACAGACAUGAUGGACUUGAUCGAGCAUCAGGUUAAGAUUUUCAUGGAUCCUCUCUUUAGAGAUAUUAAAGAUACACAACCACCCAUAUUCCAUUGAGUCAAGUCACUUCUGUACCUUACAGUGGUAGAGGGAAAACUUCAGCUACAGUGGCUAUAGUCAAUGGUUUUCAACCUAAAGUCCAUAUAUCACAGCGCAGUUCUUCAUCUCAAAGAACAUCCUGUUUUGGAAAAAUGUCCUCUGAUUCAGAAAAUGACUCACAGACAAAAGUCUGGAAAAUGAAAACAAAAAGGUGAGACUUUCCUUCAUGCUUGAGAAUUUUAGAGUUGCUCCUUUAAAACAGAAAACCAUACCAAUACUUGAACUUGAAGCUGCUGUUUCAUCAGUCAGAAUUGACAAGAUGCUCAAGAAGGAACUUCAGCUGGAUUUGGACAAGUCAGUGUUUUGGACAGACAGCCAAACUUUAUUGAAAUACAUUGCCAAGAGGUUUCAUACAUUUGUGGCAAACAGAGUGUCAGUCAUCAGGGAUGCAACAGACGUUGUACAAUAGAGCUACAAAAAGGAUUUAAUUGGAACAAAAUUAAAUCCUGCUGAUGAUGCCUUUAGAGGCAUGCCCAUUGAAAACUUCCCAACAGAUGGAUACAAUUAUUGGAAUCUCUCAACAUGAAGCAUUCAAACAGGAAAUUUCUUCCUUGCAAAGUGGAGUAAAAAGGAGUAGUACAUCUACAAGCUUGUAUUGAUUCCUGUAUUGAUGGAUGGUUUACUAAGGGCUGGGACACACUACGAUUUUCAAAUCUUAACCGAUUUGCGAGACCACAGACAUAAUGACAGUUUUAACCAAUUUUUAGCAUUAUAAUACUCUGAACGCACACACAAGAUGAUUCAGCUGGACUGCAAGACCACACACUUGUUGAUUGUAGGAACGAUUUCACAGUGAGACGAGAUCUCACAGAGACUCGCGAGAUCAAAUGUGACUUAAGAAGAAAAACAAAUGGAGGACAAAUGAUUUUGUCAGCUGGCUCUCCUGGAGAGGCCUUAAAAUCUUCAAGUGUGUGGCCAGCCUUAGAGUGGGUGGAAGACUUAGUAGAGCAGCAAUGCCCGAGGAGACAAAAUGCCCUGUUAUCCUGCCAAGGCAACAUCAUAUUUCCAAACUUAUUAUGCAACAUGUUCAUAAACAACUAGGUCAUACGGCGAGAAACGAAACCACAUGUUGUCAACAUUACGAAAAACAUAAUUGGAUUAUUAAUGCAAACUCUGCUUGUAGAAAGGUCAUCUCUGAAUGUGUUGUCAAUGUUUUGAGGCAAAAUUGGAGAGCAAAAAAUAGCUUACCAAAGCAAAGAAUCAUGCCAGAUUUGCCUCCUUUUACCAAUACUGGUGUGGACUACUUUGGACCUAUCGACAUGAAAUGUCACAGUGAUGUGAAAAUAUAUGGAGUUAUGUUUACCUGCAUGACCAGUCGAGCAGUACACCUUAAAGUAUCCUAAUCUCUGGAUACAAAUUCCUGCAUAAAUUGCAUUCACCAUUUCAUGUGUCGUGGGCAAGUAUUGCAUUUAAGAUAUGAUAAAGGCAUACAUUUUAUUGGAGCAGAGAGAGAGCUUAAGAAUGCUUUGAAGACAUUGGAUCAUGAUAAAAUUCAGCAUACUUUCCUACUAGAAAGAAUAAAAUGGACCUUUAAUCCCCCUUCUGGAAGCUCUCCCAAUCAUAUUUAGCAGUUAAGAUCAAAACCAUUUCUUCAACCAGGACUUUUUCAAAAAAACGAUUUGUAUACCAGACAUAGAUGGAGACAAGUCCAAUAUCUGUCUGAUCUUAUUUGGAAAAGGUGGAUAAGGGAGUAUCUUUCAUUGCUUCAGGAAUGACAAAAAUUGUCACAUAGAAACUUUGCUGUUGUUGAUAUAGUGGUCAUCAGGGAUCCAGCUGAUCCACGUGGUUCCUGGUCAUUAGCAAAAUCACUCGUGAUCACUAACAUAUCCUGACAAAAGUGGAUUUGUUCAGUCUGUACGGUUGAAGACAAAAACAGGAUUACUGGAUAGACAUGUUUCUAAAAUCUGCCUGUUGUUUGAAGAUAAAAAGGACUGAUCUUCAAAGAAGAAAAUGCACAUACACCCUUUUUGGCUUCUUUGCAUAAUUUAUACUUUGAGAUAAUUGUAGUUACAUACCAACAAUUAUGGAGCCAGUUUGUAGGAGCCAGUGUUAAUGUAAAUGUAUUUCGGGCUGUCACCAGGUGGGGGCAGUAUGUGCACAGAGGGAUUUUAAAUGGGUGUUUCUUACACGAAGAGUUAGAAGGCUUGGUGGAGGGAACGCAUACAGUUUUUAGCCACAAACACACUCAAAGCCACAAGUUGGAUGUCCACCAUCACCAUCAAAGUAUUCUUGUUUACAGUUAAAAUGUCAAUGAGAAUAGAAGAAGUUUUUGAUACCAGUCUGAAUGAUCCCAAUAAUGAGAAGUACCAACGCUAUGCUAAAGAAAUUCAGUCAGUGAUUGACGACAAAUACCAAACUGUGUCAACCUUCAUAAAAGGUUCAGUAAAAGUCACUCGCUUCAGGCCUGGUAGCAUUAUAGCAGACUAUGAAAUCAAGACAACAACCGACAGCCCCAGCAACUCUGAAUUAUUAGAAGCAAACAAUAAGGUUGCCGACACUCUCAGAACCAUGGGAUUUACUGUACCUGAGAAUGCUUUUGCUCAAAGUGAAAAUGAGACCCUUUCUACUGCAACAAAAUUCUAUCCUCUGCAAGAUAUGGCACUCAAAUGUAAAAUCCCAGAUUCUGUUGUUAGUGAAAUGAGUUGGACAGUGAAUGACAAAGUUAUACAAGAGAACCAAAAAUACUCCUUUUCACAAGGUGGUACAGUUCUCAAUGUGAAAAGCAUCACUGAGGAAGACAAAGGUAGAUACGCAUGUAAAAAAGCAAGGACAAUACCUUACAUUCAGUGGCAAGAUAUAGUUAUUGAACCACUUCCCAAUAUCAUAGUGGGUAAAAAUGAAAGACAGUUUCAGUGCAUCGAUCAGACCGUGGAACUGACAUGCUGUGAAACAAAAUAUGGUGUUGACUGGACCCCGAUUCCUUCUGGUGAUGAAGUGACACUUCCAGACAAGGGAUGCAUCACACUAAAGCAUAAAAUCAGGAGUGCAGAUUGUAGUCGUGAAACCUUUACAUGCCAACUCAAGAUCUCAGACCUGCAAGGCUUGUCUUAUGGCCAGAGGACAGUCAUUAUUAAUAAAGUCAAUCAAGUACUGCCCUGUAAAAAUGAAACGCUUGGAGAUGGAAAAGAGGGUGAAGUUUUGACAGGACCCUGUGAAAAAGGCAAGGAAGGCACCAUAAAUUAUCAGUGUACAUCAGGUUCAUGGAGAGAAACGAGCAGGAACUGUAUACUUCAAGUUAUCAAAGACAUUCAAAAGCAAGUUGAGGUCUUGGUUGCAGAGGACGUCCCGGUGGUUGUGGCUCAGCUCAGUACUGCUACAGCGGAAAAUACACUAAAGAUAACACAGUGUCCUGUGACUGUCCAAACAAUUGUUGAGAUACUUGUAAAAAUCGCUGAUACAGCACAAACCAUUAUCAUCAAUGAGCCUGUGAUGAAGAAUUUCCUUCAAACUGUGGAUAUCCUUGUUUCUGACUUUGCUAUUAACUCAUGGAACAAUUUGAACAAUGACAACAGGACAGAUAACACCAGAACUGACCUUCUGAGGGCUAUUGAGAGUAUAAGUGACCGUCUCACAGAAGGCAAUUUUACGAUUAAUGAAAAAUCUAUUGAGUUGAAUAGAACUGUAGCAGACAGAUAUAGUGGAAUAUCAAACCUGCCAAACUCAAACACUGAGAUCCUGAUACCACAGAUUUCUAAACCUACACCCAUAACCAUCAUAGUCUUCACAACUCUUGACAAUGUCCUACCUACGCGUAAUACUAGAAAUAAAAAUUACUUUGAUAAUACAGAUGUGCGGAUCAAUGGAGAUGUGGUUGUUGUUAAGGUGACCCAAACAAUUAAUAACAUUUAUUUUGCGUUUGACAUUACUGAUCAGUCUUUGGGAAAUCCUCAGUGUGUCUUUUGGAACUUCAUUCUUGACGCAUGGGAUUCCACUGGAUGUGAAGCAAAGCCCUAUAUCAGUAAAGGGAACGAAACUGGCAAGAUUACAUGUGAAUGCAACCACACAACCUCUUUUUCAAUCCUAAUGUCACCGUUUUCCAUUAAAAACAUAGCCUUAGCCUAUAUAACUUACAUUGGUGUAGCUAUUUCAAUGGCCAGCUUGAUUUUGUGCCUCAUUAUUGAGAUUAUUGUGUGGAAGUCAAGGACAAGAAAUGACACAUCCUACGUGCAACAUGUGACCAUAGUCAACAUUGCCGUGUCCCUGCUGAUCGCAAACAUCUGUUUCAUCAUUGGAGCCGCAAUUGCAGAUCAAGAGCAGCCAACCUCAGUGGGUCGCUGCAGUCCAGUGGUUUUCUUCAUGCACGUUUUCUACCUGGCUCUUUUCUUCUGGAUGUUAAUCUCAGCUCUGUUGCUCUUUUACCGUACAGUCAUGGUCUGGUCCCAAAUGUCAAGGGCCAAAAUGAUGGCCAUUGCCUUCAUAGUCGGUUAUGGUGCACCUUUGCUCAUAGCGGUCAUUACUGUUGCUUCGACAGCUGGACCUCAAAAUUAUGUCACGAAACAAGAUGCUUGCUGGCUGAACUGGUUGGAAUCUAAGGCCCUGCUGGCAUUUGUGAUUCCAGCUCUCACUAUUGUAGCCAUAAACCUUGUAGUUUUGAUUGUGGUUCUGUAUAAGAUGUUGAGGAGAGGAGUUUGUGCCACAACUCAGCCAGAUGAGAAACAUGCCCUGCUGGUCAUUGCUCGAUGUGUGGCCAUUUUGACUCCCAUUUUUGGUCUAACAUGGGGAUUUGGAAUUGGAACCGUGGUGUCACGUGACCUUGGUGUUCAUGUGGUGUUUGCACUCCUCAAUUCACUGCAGGGAUUCUUUACUUUGGUGUUUGGAACGCUUUUAGACAGCAAGAGUACUAGUGCAGGACCAUCAUCUUCAAGUGGACUGGAUUUCUUUAAUCAAAGGAUGUGCAGGAAAAAUGUGAACAACUUAUCUAGAGCCAGCUUUUUCUCAACUACAUCUUCAAACUGCUCCAGUGGCUCAGAUACUUUUAUGAAUGCAUAAUCAACUAUUAACUAUAGUCUUUAUUAACCAUGAAACAGCUUUUGCAAAAGUGUUUUCUACACUGCAAGUAUAUGUAAACUGCACUGAAGAAAUGUACAGAUUUGAUAUUUAAUUAAAGAAACAUUUUUAUGAUAAUAAUGGUGUAAUCGGAUGGGUCUAGCCUCUAGAGAUUUGCUGUCCAGUUGGUGUCAUUACAUUUAUUAUGGUGUUCUAUUCUGUCUUAUUUAAAAAAAAAAAAAAAAAAAAAAACAUAAUAAAAUUUUACUGCUUCACCAAUAAUGAAAU